AAAUACCCAGCCAUCUCCAUGGCUCCUUGCUUGUUUCCUUUCUUUCGUCAGUAACACAACCAGGGACUUCAAGUGUGAGAUUUGAAUAGCUCGGUGGCUUUUACGGUCAUAGAUUAUGCCUUUCCAUGGUUUUAUGUGAUUAACAAGUUGUUAGCUUGGUUGAUAGAUUUUGAUGAACUUCUCGUUUAGCCGAAUUGGAAGCUUGUGAGUUGAAAAACUGAAGAUAAAUGGAGAUUGGUAGGGGAGGGUCGUCGUUCUCUUAUUAUACCAUUCUUGGUAUUAGUUCAGAUUCAACCAGUACAGAAAUAAGGAGAGCUUAUCGCAAGCUUGCUCUGCAAUGGCAUCCAGACAGGUGGACAAGAACGCCUUCUUUGUUGAGUGAAGCCAAACAGAAAUUUCAACAAAUUCAAGAAGCUUAUUCAGUUCUAUCAGACCACAAGAAAAGAACAGUGUACGAUGCAGGGUUAUAUGAUCCUGAAGACGAAGAUGAGGGAUUUUCUGAAUUUAUGGAAGAGAUGGUGUCUCUCAUGGCUCAAGUGAGGAGGGAGGAAAAGGAUUAUUACAGUAUGGAGGAGUUACAGAGCAUGUUUACUGAGAUGGCUCAAGAUUUCAAUCAGUCACCUUCAUGGCGUUGCGGCGCCUCCGUUAUUGAUGAGUCCCCUCAAUCCGCAAAGAGGAUCCGUUUGGAAAAACAUGGGAGAACCUAAUACUAAAUUGUGGCGGUGGUGAUGAUGAAGAUGAUGAAGAACAUGUGGCUUUCGAGAGUGAUUCUGAAGUCAGAAACCUGAAAUGGAAUGUAAAUGAAGAACUCACAUUUUCGACCUAUAGGCCAUUGGAUUGUAAUUGUUAGCGCCAGUUUUGUUAUGAGAAUAGGAUGGAAGUGAUUUUGUUUGUUUCUGGAGAUUUUGAUGAACAUUUUGCUGAGAGAAAGGUUUGGGGAAAUUUGCUGAAUUCUAUUUUUGGUUUGGGUUUGGCGGUGAUGGCUCAAUUUGUACUAAACUGUGAAAGUUGAUGUCAUGAGAGUCAUAUUAUGGAGUGCUUGCUUCUUCUUUUUUUUUUUUUUGGGGGGGGGGGGGCUUGGGGGGCUUGCUUGUUUGAAAGGAUGCUCAUUUCUAAGUUUCUGAUUUGGUGUUGUGUAUUACGCACACACAAGAUUAAGGGGAAAUAUCUUUGUUCAGAGCU